AUGGCUAUCCUCUCCAGGUUCUGUAUGCUGAGUGCGCUGGCGGGCCUGGCUUCUGCCUGGUUGGCCGGAGACAACAAAGAAAUCACCAGCAAAGAUAACAAGAAUUUGUUUUCGUCUGUUAACAACAAGGUCCGUGGAGUCAAUCUCGGCUCCCAGUUCAUCUUUGAGCCUUGGCUGGGGGAGAGUGCCUGGAGUGAUAUGGGAUGUAGCGGCCGGGCUUCGGAGUUUGACUGUGUCUCGUCGAUGGGUCAGAAAGCAGCCAACGAAAGCUUUGCGAAGCACUGGGGCUCCUGGAUCACUCAGGACGACAUCAGUGAGAUGGUGAGCUAUGGCCUCAACACUAUACGUGUACCUGUCGGGUACUGGCUGCGCGAGGACCUGGUCGACUCGAGCGAACAUUUCCCCCAGGGUGGCCUGGAGUAUGUCCAGAAGCUCUGCGGCUGGGCCAGCGACGCCGGUCUGUAUAUCAUCAUGGACCUGCACGGAGCGCCCGAGGCCCAGACUCCCAAUAAUGCCUUUACGGGUCAAAAUAACCCUAACCCGGGGUUCUACCAGGAGGAUCAGUAUGAGCGGGCGCUCAAGUUCCUCGAGUGGAUGGCCGAGAUGAUCCACAGGCAAGACGAAUUUCGCAACGUCGGUAUGCUGGAGGUGCUCAAUGAGCCCAUGCAAGACAACGACAAGGCCUCGUCCAUGCGGGAGAACUACUACCCCAAAGCGUUCGAGCGCAUCCGCGCAGUCGAAACAAAACUGUCCGUCGACAAGAAAGACUACCUCCACAUCCAGAUGAUGGACAAACUCUGGGGCUCGGGCGACCCAACCGAGCACCUCGAUGACCAGUACUACGCCGCCUACGACGACCACCGUUACUACAAAUGGGAUAAGAGCGUCGAGACAACUCACGACAAUUACAUCAGCACGUCCUGCAAGGACAAGCGCGACAGCAACUCGCCAACGAUCGUGGGCGAGUGGAGUUUGGCCGUGCCCAAAAGUAUGGACAAAGCCUCGGACUGGCAGCCCAACUCCUCCAACGCCGACUUUUAUCGGAAAUGGUUUGCCGCCCAGGUCCACUCGUAUGAGCAGGGACAGGGCUGGGUGUUCUGGACGUGGAAGUCGCAGCUCAAUGAUUAUCGGUGGUCGUACCAGGACGCGGUGAAGGCUGGUGUCAUCCCAAAGGAUUUCAACUCCUUAGAGGACGUGUGUGGCUGA